GGAGGAGGAGGGAGACAACGAGGAAGGUUUUGAAAGAGUCUCCCUCUGGACUAAAUCUCUCUCAAUCUGAUCAGUGUGUACAACUUCACAGCGUGCGCGUGGACGGACGCUGAAGCGAAAACAACAACAAAAAUCAGAUUUAUCCCGGAAAUCGGUGAAGGAACCAGACGUCACGCCUCCACGCUGACAAUGGACUUUUCACUUUGAUGAUUAGUGGCAGGUUAUUAGGAUGGAGACGAUGAGGAAGAUUUGUGAUCCAUUCUUGGUCCUCCUCUCUCUACUCCUCCUGCCUGCAUCUUCCACUUCUGACUCCAAUGACUUCCACACCGCACAGCCGCGGUUCGUCUGCACACCUAUUCCGGCGGACGCGGACCCCGCCUGCGUCCCCACAGCGGGUCCGGGAUCAACGGGAGCGGCCCACUAUCAAAGCGAGCCCCCCGCGGGCUGGUGGGGAGCGAGCGACGAGGCCAAGACUACCAUCCUGCACCUCCGCGAGAACCUCGUGCGGCAGAAAGAGACCAUCCUGGACCAGAGGGAGACCAUCAGGGAGCUGACGGCCAAGCUGGCUCUGUGCGAGGCCUUCGCCAGGUCGCCUCACGACCACGUGGGCGCAGCCUCGGACCACGCCUACCACGACAACCAAAGCGGAAACCUCAUCCCGGACUCGCUGGACUCUGACGGAGCUCCCGGCGCUAAGCACAGGGAGAAGGAUGUCGUUAAACACGUGAGCUCAGGUGACGUGACGUCCUCGCCGGGGCAGAUGGAGAGAAUGCUGCAGGCGCUCAAGGAGAGGUUGAGCAACCUACAGCAGAAGAGGAACUCGUCCCUGACCUACUCCAGCUCUCUGAGGGAGCUUCUGCAGAGGAAGAUCGAGACUCUGGAGGAGCAGCUGCACCCGCACGACCACCAACACCUUAACGACCGCACGGAUGACGCCGGCGACCGCGGCGGCAACCGCACUGAGGCCUUUGACGAGCACACCGACGGAAGCCACCGGGGUGGUGACCCCGGUGGUCACCAGAACAAUGAAGCAGGCGGUCAGGGUUACCUACCGCGUGGAGGAUACCACGGCAACAAACUGGAGACGAUCUUCAAUCAGCUUCACCUGACAGGCCCCAAGAGAAAGAACAACCCGGACGCCUUCCAGCUCAGCUUCCCCAUGCGGAGCAACUACAUGUACGCGCGUGUGAAGCGGGCGCUACCUCAGGAGAUCUUCGCGCUGACUUUGUGCCUCCGACUCAAGGCCGGUGUCGGGCCCACCAUGGGGACGCCCUUCUCCUACUCGGCGCCGGGCCAGGCCAACGAGGUGGUGCUGAUCCAGUGGGGAGGGAACCCCGUGGAGCUGCUGAUUGACGACAAGGCUGUGUCUGUGCCUGUGACACUGAGCGACGGAAAGUGGCACCACGUCUGCGUGACGUGGUCCACGCGGGACGGACACUGGGAGUCCUACCAGGACGGCGACCUGCGGGGUUCAGGGACUGACCUCGCCCCCUGGCAUCCCAUCAGAGCAGGAGGGGUGUUCAUCCUGGGACAGGAGCAGGACACCUUGGGAGGCCGCUUCGACGCCACACAGUCGUUCGUGGGCGAGCUAGCCGACGUGCAGAUGUGGUCUUCGGUCCUCAGCGAAGCCGAAAUCCAGGGCCUGGCGUCCUGCGGCAGCCACCUGGCCGGCGACGUCAUCUCGUGGUCCGACUCAGACGUGGAGCUGCACGGGGGGGUUGUGAGGCACGCCUUUGAACCCUGUCACUAAAAAAAAAAGACUCAGGUGCAUCCAAGAUGACGAAAAUAUUUAGAAAGACCAUAAUGCUGUAAUUGGGGGUCGGAGACAAAAAAAACAAGAGCCUCCAAAGUGAGACUCAAUGCCUUAGUUUGAACUUUUUGGGGUCACUUUUAAAGUCUUUGUAGUGAUAUGUUUUUUUUUCCUGAUUGUCCAAUAUUUGAUUAUCGAUUAGGUGCUGUGACAUAUUGUUAUGUUGUUCAUAAGUUAGAUUUAUUGACAGUUGACUUUCUGUUGUAGCAAUGUGUUGACAAAUGGGAAUAUGUGGAAGAUAUUCACAUAAAAUACAGCUAAACAACCAAAGAAAUUGUCAUCAUUUUGCUAGAUUUACAUUUACUGAUGUGGAUUUUAUGUCAAGUACAUUUUAGGCUUGUAUUUUCACAGACUCCUCAUUUAUGUUAAUGGAACAUGUUAAAACAUGUUUUUUGAAACUGUACUGAAUUGUGGCUGUACUGUAUACUUUUUUUUUUUUUGCCAAGUCAUUAUAUUUGCUUAUACACUAAUUUACUCAA